CAAAGAGCUUUGAGUUUGAGCUGAGUGAAAAGUGAUUAUGGCACUUCUGAGAGCUUCUUCUUUGUCCAAGCUUUUCUCCCAUCGUAAUCCAUUGCUUUCUUCUUCUUCUCUUUCACCUCUUACAUUGCACCACUGCACUCCCUCACCCUCUCUUCCUCCAAUGCACUCCCUCACCGUCUCUGCCUCCCUUUCCACUUCCGACAACACCCCAUCUCCAGACACAACAACACGCUCUCGCUGGAAACCCAUGUGCCUGUACCACACGCAGGGAAAGUGCACCAUGAUGGAUGAUCUUAUCCACCUUGAGAAGUUUAAUCAUGAUUGCUCCAGGGAGCUUCAAGUGAACUCCGCUGAGUUAAACAAAAUAUGCCCUCAAAAUCUAGACUUUUUCCUUGUGCUUGAUUUAGAGGGUAAGGUGGAGAUUCUUGAGUUUCCCGUUCUAAAGAUUUGUGCAAAAACUUUGCAAGUUGAAGACAUUUUCCACAGGUUUGUGAGGCCCACAGUCAUGAGCGAACAAAGAAUAAAUGAAUACAUUGAAGGAAAGUAUGGAAAAUUUGGAGUUGAUAGAGUUUGGCAUGACACAGCCAUACCAUUCAAGGAAGUUAUUCAAGAAUUUGAAGCUUGGUUGAUGCAACAUCAGUUGUGGAUGGGUGGGAAACUUAACCGUGCAGCAUUUGUAACUUGUGGAAAUUGGGAUUUGAAGACAAAGGUCCCUCAGCAAUGUGAAGUAUCGAAGAUAAAACUUCCUCCAUACUUUGUGGAGUGGAUCAAUCUCAAAGAUGUCUAUCUGAACUUUUAUAAUAGGAGGGCCACGGGAAUGGUUACAAUGGUGAAGGAACUGCAAAUACCAUUAAUGGGAAGUCACCAUCUUGGCAUUGAUGACACAAAGAACAUAGCAAGAGUCUUGCAACGCAUGCUUAUUGAUGGUGCACUCAUCCAGAUUACUGCAAGGAGGAAUCCUUCAUCUCCUGGAAACGUCAACUUUCUUUUCAAGAACCGUAUUAGAUAGUGGAUUUCUCAGUGGAAUAUGUAACUUCAUUCUGUCCUUUAAGAAAGAAGCGGAUUCAAUACUGUUAGAUCAUGUGGUUUCUGCAUAUUGGGAGAGUGGGAGUAAUGAUACUUGAACGGCUGUACACAUAAUUUUGCACUAGUGAGUGAUUGAAUUUCAUUCAAUUCUGAGUAGCCUAAUCAAUUUGGACUUGGUUGAACUCAAAUGGAGUCACGAAGUUUAUUAGGUACAGUUGUAAAUGUAAUUGUGUUAAAAGUAUUAUUUGAAUACAAACUGCAACUUCGUUCA